UCAACCUGGGCACGACGAGCGGUUGCAUGUCUACCUUUAACGCGCCUUUUGACAUUUUUUCCCCGACCUCCUCACAUCCGUAAAACCUACUGAUUCUUGUACUACACGUUUUGUGAGAACAAGACAUUUUCUAGGAAGAUGGUGGCAGAAAAAAAGACCCUACCCAAAUGCCCUGAAAAGAUGCCGAAGAAGAGGACCAAGCUGCUGGCCCAACAGUCGCUCCCGGCGCACCAGCCUCACACCCUGGUUUCUGAGGGCUUCACAGUCAAAGCCAUGAUGAAAAACUCAGUCGUGAGAGGCCCCCCCUCUGCAGGAGCGUUUAAAGAGAGACCGACCAAGCCCACAGCAUUCCGAAAAUUUUAUGAGCGUGGAGACUUCCCCAUUGCCCUUGAGCAUGAUUCCAAAGGAAACAAAAUAGCGUGGAAGGUGGAGAUCGAGAAGCUGGAUUACCACCACUACCUGCCUCUGUUCUUUGACGGGCUCUGCGAGAUGACAUUUCCCUAUGAGUUCUUCGCCCGGCAAGGCGUCCACGACAUGCUGGAACACGGGGGGAGCAAGAUCCUUCCUGUCAUCCCGCAGCUCAUCAUCCCGAUAAAAAAUGCUUUGAACCUCCGGAACCGGCAGGUCAUCUGCGUCACUCUCAAAGUCAUCCAGCACCUGGUCCUGUCGGCUGAGAUGGUGGGCGAGGCCCUGGUUCCGUAUUACCGCCAGAUCCUGCCGAUCCUGAACAUCUUCAAGAACAUGAAUGUGAACUCCGGGGACGGCAUUGAGUACAGCCAGCAGAAGAGGGAGAACGUGGGCGACCUGAUCCAGGAGACGCUGGGGACCCUGGAGCGCUACGGCGGCGAAGACGCCUUCAUCAACAUCAAGUACAUGGUCCCCACCUACGAGUCCUGCUUGCUGAACUGACGGCGGGGGCCGCAGGGCCAGGAGCCCCCUCCGUGUCCCCGCCACCUGUGCGCACCACCGGCCGCAGGGCACCCUCCGCGCCUCCUCCAGCUGCUGCAGCCGGGGCUCUUGGGCCAUCGGAAUGCCCGCCCCGUCCACAGCAAGGCUU